CAUAUUUUUAUAUUAUUAGCAGUGAGUAAAGGUAAAUUAUGUAACUUUGAAUUAGGAAACCACUGACAACUGAAAGAAAUGCCUACAUAGAAAUGUCCCUUCAGGUGAUGUUAAUCUUUUACAGACCACCUGCCUCACUAAUUUCAGUUUACAUCCACUCGUGUUUGUCACGAUGUUGGAAACAAAGGUCAUGGAACUUCCUCCCAGUCUGUCUCACAAACAUUCAGGAUGAUGACAACAACAGACCUGCUGCUUCUCUCCUGUCUAACGGGGGCAGCUGGUGCCCUGUACAAGCAGUGGAUUCCUGACACCAACUAUGAGAACAAGACAAACUGGGACAAGGGCGACGUUCCAUGUGGCAGUGACAAAGUUUGGUUUUCAGCCCAAAGAAAAGUCUCUGUGUUUGUAAAAACGACACACGCCGUGCAGGAGAUGAGGUUGCCAAUGGACGGAGAGUUCAUCCUGAAUUCUGGAGCUGGGUUUUACGUCAUGGCAGGACAAGACCCAGGUUGUGGACAAGGUGUCAUGACCAAAUUCAAAGACUCAGACUCUCUGAAGUGGUUGGAUCCAGCUCUGUGGCAGGGAGCUGUGACUGUCGAUGAUCUACAGCGUGAAAACUUCUUGUUCUCAGUCCAUGAGGAGAGUGUUCCCUGCCGGUAUGAUGAUGUGGUUUUCAAGGACCUGUCCUCCUUCAAAGUGGACACUAGCUCCAGCCUGUCUGCCAUCCCUGUUAAAUCUGUAUCUGUGCUGGGGAAGAAGUUUGAAAGUGGAUCGGAGUUUUCACAGUAUCUCAACUCACGGUCAGGUCGGCUGCAGUUCCACGGAUCCUCUGCGGUCACUGUGGGAAGUCCAGGCUGUGGAGAUCCUUCUGGGUGUGAGUGCGGAAACUCCGUGAACCAUCAGCUGAUCUGUGCACGUGUGAAAUGCACCGCUUUGAGCUGCAAGAAGCCCCUCUUAGCUGUCGGACACUGCUGCCACGUGUGCGGGGCCUUGGUCACCAUCCAUUUCACCGCCGGUUUCAACCUGCAGACGUACAGGCAACGCAUUCACCACCUCUUCCUCAUCUUACCAAAAUACAAAUCCAUUCAGCUGGCCAUGUCUAAGGUCUCCAGGUCGCAGCGUUUGAUGGGGGUCAUCCCUUUCGGCUCCUCACCUGAGAUCCAGGUGGUUCUUGUAGACGGACAGGGAGGCCUUCAGGCAGAGGCUCUGGCCAGGGACAUACUGAAGGAUGUCCGCACUCACGGCUCCAGCUUUGGAAUCACUGCGGCUGAAUUUCAGGCCUCUUCUGGCAACAGCAGCGAUCAAUCUGCAGACAGUACUGGGGUGGUGGUCGGGGCUGUGAUUGGAGGUUUGGUUUUGAUCGCAUUCAUUGUCACUGUGUUUGCUUUGGUGCACAAGGGCAUCAUUCAAAUGCCCUCAGUGUCUUGGCAGGUUUCUCUCAGCAAACUGAAGAGAAACAGUGAUGUCGGUGAACUCGGGGGUCCAUUAGACCAUGGCUUUGACAACCCAAUGUUUGACAACCUAAACAUGUUGCCUGAUCUUCCCGGCCUGCAAGGCAAUGGCACAACCGAUUCAAUUGCAUUCACUCAGGCAGGUGGUGUUUACUUUGUGAAUCCAGCUUAUGAUGAGAAUGAGACAGAUUUUAAUGCCUGAAGCUACAAUCACAUUACUGUUAAUGAUUUCCUUGACGAUUGUAUGAGACAAUCCUACAGCAUUACCAGGAGGCAUUACCUGUGGAGUCCCAGUAGACUUCCUAUUUCCUGAAGGGACUUGUUAAACAAAUAAAAAUGCACGUUUCUCUUGAUUUAUGUCACAUUUCAGAAGAGUAUGUUCACAAUAAAGCUGCAGUAAAAA